UUGUCAGAGGAAGAGUCGCGGAGCUGCGCGCGCAGCCAGUCAACAUGGCCGCGUCCAUGAACUUGUCGGUGCACAGACUGGCUGUUCUUUCACAAAGAACUGUUAUCUCCACCUUUUUAAAUGUUUCAUGUCGCUCGGGCUGCCGUUGGAGGACGUCGCCCGGUCGUUGUUUCAGCGAAGGAGUCGAAGACAGAAGCACACAUUUCGGCUUCGAGACGGUGUCCGAGGCGGAGAAGGCGAAGAGAGUGUACAAGGUGUUUGAGAACGUUGCUCAGAAGUAUGACGUUAUGAACGAUGCCAUGAGUCUGGGGAUUCAUCGACUGUGGAAGGACAUCCUGCUGCACGCCAUGCACCCACAGCCCGGUGCCCGGCUCCUGGAUGUGGCAGGUGGAACAGGUGACAUUGCUUUCCGUUUCCUGGAUUAUGUUCGGUAUCAGCGGGAGAGGCAGAGGCUGCGAGCGGCGCAGUCCAGCCGGACUCGGUCGUGGCAGGACGGCUCUGAUGAUGACGUGACGGAGGACGAACCGCGAGCGUCCACGGCUGUCGUUUGUGACAUCAACCUGGAGAUGCUGAAAGUGGGCAAACAGAAAGCCGACAGCAUGGGCAUCUCUUCUGGUCUGUCGUGGGUGGUGGGCGAUGCAGAGGAGCUGCCCUUCUUCGAUGAUCAGUUUGAUAUUUACACCAUCGCCUUUGGCAUUCGAAACGUCACUCGUAUUGAUCAGGCUCUUCAGGAGGCUCUGCGGGUUCUGAAACCUGGGGGCAGGUUUAUGUGCCUGGAGUUCAGCAAAGUGACCAAUCCUGUUCUGGCAAGCCUGUAUGACGCCUACAGCUUCCAGGUCAUCCCAGUUCUAGGAGAGGUGAUCGCAGGAGACUGGAAGUCGUAUCAGUAUUUAGUGGAGAGCAUUCGCAAGUUUCCUGAUCAGGAGGAGUUCAAAAACAUGAUCGAGGACGUGGGUUUCUGCCGCGUGCAGUACUCCAACCUCUCGGCCGGUGUGGUGGCUCUUCACUCCGGUUUCAAGCUGUGAGCUGCAGUCAGGAAGCACCACAGCAGUCCUGAUGGGACCAAAAGCUCGAGCUGUACGUUUCAGGCCCACACGCCUGUUUAAGACUAGUUUAUCCCUCAGAGCUGCAGAUCCCACUGAGCAAAGAGUACGGGAGUCAAAGGUCGGUGGAUGUUAUUUACUGAAUAACCUUGAACUGCACUUUUAAAUGACUCCACACAGUAUUUUUGUAAUACAAGUUCUUUUCUUAAAUAAAAUCUGUCUGGACUUAU